AUGGCUGUAGCCAUGAAGCUGGGCGUGAAGAAGGUGCCAGCUGGCAGCACAAUCCAAGCUGGCUGCGAGCAGCUUGAUAGUGUGGUUGGCAUUCACCCCACUUUGGCAGAGACCAUGACAAUGAUGUCGGGUGAAAAGAUCGAGGGAGUCGUGUGCCGCUGGCAAGGGUUGGUCUAG